AUGGCUCGUUUUCAGAUGUUGCUUUUGCUGCUAAUUCUGCUGCCUGUUACUGUAGCGGAUUCCUUCUGGAUGACAGCUGAACUGCUGCGAGUGGAUUGGCGAGAAGGCUGCCUAACCACUGCCGGUUGCUCUCAACCAAGAUUUAAGAUUCUACAAGACAUGCUCCCUCUCACUGAGAAGGUGUCCAUUAGCUGGCCGGUUUCUGAACAUUUUGUUCAGGACUCAGCGCGCCCAUUCGUCUCCCACUGGACGAAUGGUAAGCCCGAAGACGUGACAAUGUCAUGUCAAGUGGUCGGCACCGACCCCACGUACGGCUUCCCACGGGUCUGCGAUCAAACCCCAUCGAUUCGCGUAUUCCAAGAGCGUAUCAUGGAAGCAUUUGUGGGUCGAAAUCGUCGUCAUCAGACUACGACCACCGUGCCACUCUCCGAAGAAGAUCUUGGCAAGAAACUGGUCGAAAUCCGUGGAAAAUGCUUCAAUGCCACGGUUGCCAUACAGAAACACACCGAGAGAUGUCCAUGGUGUCCCGAUCCUUCGGAUGUGACCCUGAUCGAACAGAGGAUGCCUGAUGAACCGUCUGUGCUCUCAGCGUCUAUACUUUCACACCUACGUGGCGAUGACCGUAUUUUGCACGUUUCUAUCUUGGUCCUAGCCGGAAUAGCCAUUAUGGCUUCAAUCGGUUUCGCAUGUGUGCUGGUGGCGUUCCUUCGACAGAAGAGGACUCAUCGUCAGAUCUCCGUGAAACCCCGCUACCAUCCGUACUCUCCGACCAGUUGCAAGAACUCCGACGAUGAAAAUCGGUACGAUAUGCCUUGGGAACAGACACGUCCACUCACUUAUUGGAUGUCGUCGUCGUCAAAAUCUGAAGCAACCACCACGUCACCCUUGGACUCAGCUUCGUCACUUGGCGCUCCAUCGUCAAUCGUUGCUCCAUACAGCUUUCGAUCCGGCUGCACUAUUCCCCAAACCCAUCUUUACCAUCACAUCUCACCCAACUCUUCCAUCGGACCAGGCCAUGACUCUGGGCUGGAAUCAGUCUAG